CUUGAGUCUUCAAGUAUUGUAGUGUAUCUGGAUUAUGUGUUUACUGUUCCAGCUAUAGCCUCUUCUGAUUCUACGCCCAGUGUGCAGCUUUAUUGGUUUCUGGGUUCUAAAGUUAAAUUUAUAAUAAAAUCUCUCUGGAUUCUCUCUUGGAUACUUGUUUCUGCAUUCACCCAGUUUUGUCACAACUGAAUGGCUCCGCGAUUUUGAGGUCCAACUUGUAAGUUAGCUACCGUUCUUUAGCUGGGUAAGUCGAUUCAGUUCUGGCUCUGCCUCAGGAGAGAGAGAAAUAACUGUGAAAGUUUAAUUUGGAAUUUUAGGGGCCAAAUGAAGCCUGGAAAAUGCCAAGGAAGUGUGUUUUUGCUGCUAACCUUGAUUUUUUAUGAUGUGUCAGGUGCAUUCAUAGGGAUAAACAUUGGCACUGAUGUCUCCAAUUUACCAUCUGCUGCGGAUGUGGUUGCAACCCUUAAAGCUUAUCAAGUUACUCAUGUCCGUUUCUAUGAUGCGGACCAUCAAAUGCUGAGUGCUCUUGCAGGCACUGGGAUUGAAGUCAUGGUGGGGGUCACUAAUGAAGAGGUGCUAGGGAUUGGAGAAUCACCAUCAGUUGCAGCAGCCUGGGUCAAUAAGAAUAUUGUAGCUUAUGUGCCACAAACCAAUAUCACAGCCAUUGCUGUUGGCAGUGAGGUGCUGACUUCAAUACCCAAUGCUGCUCCCGUACUGGUUCAAGCCAUGAACUACCUUCACAAUGCUCUAGUUGCUUCAAAUAUCAAUUUCCAGGUCAAAGUUUCGAGCCCACAGUCCAUGGACAUGAUUCCUAGGCCUUUCCCUCCUUCCACUGCCACCUUCAAUUCCACAUGGAACUCCACCAUGUACCAGUUCCUCCAGUUUUUGAAGAACACCGGAUCCUUUUAUAUGUUAAAUGCUUACCCUUAUUAUGGUUACACUAAAGGGGAUGGCAUCUUUCCAAUUGAUUAUGCCCUUUUUAGGUCACUUUCUCCAACCAAACAAAUUGUUGAUCCCAAUACUCUUUUCCACUACACCAGCAUGUUUGACUCCAUGGUUGAUGCAACCUAUUACUCUAUUGAAGCACUCAAUUUUUCUGGGAUUCCUGUCCUAGUGACAGAAUCGGGCUGGCCGUGGCUAGGUGGAGCCAAUGAAUCUGAUGCAACUCUUGAGAAUGCACAGACAUACAGCAACAACUUGGUCCGCCGAGUGCUCAAUGAUUCAGGUCCUCCUAGUCAGCCAACUAUACCAAUCAGUACAUACAUUUAUGAGAUGUUCAAUGAAGACAAACGACCAGGGCCCACAUCUGAGAAAAAUUUCGGCAUAUUUUUUACAAAUGGAACAACCGUGUAUCCUUUGAUUCUGGGUUCUUCAUCUCAACUUACUGGGAACUCUUCUGGUGUUGGGGUGUUCUGUGUGGCAAAACAAGGUGCAGAUUCUGAUGCUUUGCAGGCUGGUCUGAACUGGGCUUGUGGGCAAGGACAGGCUAAUUGCACUGCUAUUCAAGAGGGGAAACCAUGCUAUAAUCCUGACACUCUCCAGAACCAUGCCUCUUAUGCGUACAAUGAUUAUUUUCACAAAAUGCAGAGUGUUGGUGGGACUUGUGAUUUUAGUGGUACAGCCACCGUUUCCAACGUUGAUCCUAGCUAUGGUUCGUGUAUUUUUUCUGGAAGUUCUAAUUCAAACACAAGUGGAGGAACAACUCCAUCUGCAUUUGGACCCUCGGGCACCAUUGAUGCUGGUUCAACUUCAACCCUGCAAGUUUCCAAGCUUAUGUAUCUGAUUCUGGUGAUUCUUCUUUCUCUUAUCUGAUUCCCAAGAGUACAUAUUUCCAAUUUUUGCACCAGUUUUGAUCAAGUUUAAAACAGUGCUUGGAGAUAGCGGUGUUGUAAAGAGCAAAGAAAGAGAGACGUAUUGUUCUUGUCCAAGAACUCUCAACCAUGGUUGAAUGUUCAUUCUUUUGUUUUUCAUUCUCUGUUGAUAAUUCUUUCCCCCCCUUCCCUGUUGUCUUUUCACAUCUUGGGUUUCACUUGUAUACUCCUUGGUACAAUUCAGUAAACCUCGCCAUGUUUAUUUAGCAAGUUGGAUUGCACAUUUAAAUGAU